AUGGUUAUGCCAACAGUGGCCACCGAUCGCUUCACUCAACUUGACUACACUGAUUAUUCAAAUAAUCAAGUAUUCUUGAAGACGUCGGCCAAUGACUUCCUUGACCACCAUCAUGAUGCCCAUUAUGGCGGACGCCCCACUGGGCCCUCCCCCAAAGAAUUGAUUGGAAAUGCCCUCCGCCAGCGUGUGGAGAGUGUUGACUAUGAAUAUUGCGAUCCCGGAGAGGAAGAUACCUUCUUCGUGGCUGAUCUUGGUGAGGUCUAUCGCCAGCACCUUCGCUGGAAGCUCAAUCUUCCUCGCGUCAAGCCCUUCUAUGCUGUCAAGUGUAACCCGGACCCCAAGCUUCUGGAGCUGUUGUCCGCUCUCGGCACGGGCUUUGACUGCGCCUCCAAGGCCGAAAUCGAACAGGUCUUGCGCAUGGGUGUUGACCCCUCGCGCAUCAUCUACGCCCAGCCUUGCAAGACCAACUCGUAUGUGCGCUAUGUCGCCAGCCAAGGCGUGCGCCAGAUGACGUUUGACAACACGGACGAGCUCCGCAAGAUUGCCCGCCUGUUUCCCGGCGCCGAGCUCUUCCUCCGGAUCCUUACCGACGACUCGUCGUCUCUAUGCCGCCUAAGCCUCAAAUUCGGCGCCUCGCUCGACUCGACCGAUGGCCUUUUAGCCUUGGCACACGAAUUGGGACUCAAUGUUGUAGGAGUUAGCUUCCACGUCGGCUCGGGCGCCGCGGACUCCCGGGCAUUCCUGAAGGCGGUCCAAGAUGCGCAAACUGUGUUCCAGCAGGCGGCAACCUAUGGAUUCGCACUCAAGACGCUCGACGUUGGAGGCGGAUUCUGCAGCGACAAUAGCUUUGAGCAGAUGGCAGGGGUUCUGCGCGAAGCACUUGACGACUAUUUUCCUGCCCAUUCUGGAAUUAACAUCAUCGCCGAGCCCGGCCGUUACUACGCUUCCACGGCUUACACGCUCGCGUGCAAUGUCAUUGCGCGCCGGACCAUCCGGGACAUGGCAGCCAGUGACAGCGAGGCUUCAUCCCCGGGUGGCCAAAACGAAACCAGCUACAUGCUCUACAUUAACGACGGCCUGUACGGCAACUUCAGCAGCAUCAUGUUUGAUCACCAGCACCCGAUUGCCAAGGUCUUACGCGCUGGAGGGCAAGCGCUGUACGGCACGCCGGCAGCCGAGCGUACGAACUCGCACCAUGCCAUCGAAUACAGCAUCUGGGGUCCUACCUGCGAUGGUAUCGACCGCAUCACCGAGAGAAUCCGUUUCCACGUGGCACUGGACGUGGGCGAUUGGCUGUACUUUGAAGACAUGGGCGCCUACACCAAGUGCUCGGCCACCACGUUCAAUGGCUUCUCCAACGAACACGACGUCAUCUACGUUUGCAGCGAGCCCGGCGCCAAGGCCCUGCUGGGAGUGCAUUGA